AUGUCAUACAACGGAAUAGGCCUCCAGACGCCUCGAGGAAGUGGUACUUCCGGAUACGUCCAGAAAAACCUCGCAGAUAAGAGAUUCCAGGGGUACAGAAAGAAAAGAGAUAGAGAGCAGGAGAACGAAGAAAGGAAGGAAGCCAGGGCUAAACAGCUCAAAUCAAGAAGACUGGCUGGAGGGGAGAUUGAGGAGCAUGAGAGGAGGAGAAGAGUGGAGAUCAAGUGUGCUGAGCUACGAGACAGGUUGGAGGACGAGGAGGUCGACGAUGAUGAGAUCGAUAAGCAGGUUGCUGAACUACGAGAGAAGUUGAGGAGGAACGAUAGAAAGGAGGGUGAGGAGGAGAAGGAGGAUGGAAAGAAAGAGGACGGUGAAAAAGAGGAUGGCGAUAAGAAAGCCGACGAUACAAACCCACAAAGUCACUGA